AUGGAAACCCCGCUAGAGGAUUUGUUUGUAGACUGGCUCUUGUUUGCCGAUCGCACUUCUGAUCCAUGGAUCGACUUUCUUGUCAAUCAUAACUGGGAAUCAAAAGCCGUCGGUCCAGUCCAGAGCUGGCCCACGAUGUUGAGACAAAUCUAUACCACUAUUCUUGCCUCAAGGGAGCCCCGCAUCAUAUAUUGGGGCAAUGACAUGCUGAUGCUAUACAACGAGCAAGCUCGCUUCGUCACUGGAGAGAUGCAUCCUCUUGCUCUUGGUGAACCUUUUAUAAAGGUCUGGGGUAUUGUCGUCCUUACCGAAAUCAUCAAGAUGAUCAGAACUGGUGCCAAGAGAGGCAAAGCUGUGCUUCAACGAGACCAUGAAUUCAUCUUGAUGAGAUACGGCUACCCGGAAAGCUGCUUCUUCGACGUGGUUCUACUUCCAAUUCCUUCUCCUGAGGGUCGCUUCCUGGGUGUAGUCACCGAAUUCACCGAAGUCACCGAGAAGGUUCUGCAGAAACAUCGACGGGAAAUGUCCAAGGCUUUGUUGCAGAACAUCCUCAAAGUGACCGACGUGUCGGAUCUUCGGCAAGCUUUUGUCCGCACGGUAGUCACAGACUCGAAGGACAUAUCCUAUGCAGUCGUGUACUCCAGGUCUAAAUCUCCCGCCAUACAGGACACGGAAACGUUCCAUCUCGAGGCUUACCACAAUAUUAAAGGCAUUGGAGACAAUCUACCAGACGAAAUCGUUGCAACUUUAAGAGGCACCACGAGUGACGUUGUCGUUCUUCAGCAAAGCAAGGGUACGCUACCGAAAGAGUUUGCCGUAUCCAUUCCAGACAUUGGGCUUGUCGACACAGCAUAUGUCUUGCCGAUAGUCGGUCUGGACGGCGUCCAUUUGUCUGAUAUUGCGAUCCUAGGACUGAACCCGAGAAGAUCCGUUAGUCCCAGCGUUCGUCAAUUCGCCGAGUCAAUACGUGACCUGCUGUUCAAGUCAUUUGCACUGUGUUCGCUACCUUUGGAGCAGCGACAAGCUCAGGAGUUCUCCCAAGCUCUAUCUCAGCAGCUAGAGACCAUGACAGUGAAGGCAGAGAUAAGUGAGCGGAAUUUUACAAGAAUGCUUCGCGAUGCCCCUAUAGGCAUGUGCAUGCAUCGAAGUGACGGUCAUUGCGUCUAUGUCAAUGACAUCCUCCUUGAACUCCUUGGCAUGAGCAGAGCAAACUUCUUCAAAGCAGCCGAGGAAGGAAUUGCUUGGCGGGAAGCAGUUCAUGAUGAUGAUUUUGAAGCUGUCAACCAAACUUGGACAGCCGCAAUCGAGACCGGCAAACCUAUGAGUGCCGAAUUUCGAGUCAAGCCAAAUCUCAUUCCAAAUGAGGUUCGCUGGCUCGAGAUUAGUGCUCAGCAACGCCAUGAUCAAGACGGCCAUCUGGAGUACUUGUAUGUCUGGCUUAGAGAUGUAUCUUCGCGUAAGCAGUUGGCUGAACAAAAAUUGGCUGAUGCUCUGGAGACGAAAAGGAGAUCUGAGAUCUUCAUAGACAUGGUGUCACACGAAAUGCGUAAUCCUUUGGGCGCGAUCCUGCUACUUGCCGAUGGCAUCUUGUCUUCGCUGCCUUGUGUGUCAGACCCCACUCAAAGCAGCAUUCUCACAGCCGAUGCUCGAAGUUCGCUUGUAGAUGUUGCAGCUAAUAUUCAGCUUUGUGCGAGACAUCAGAAGGUCAUCAUAGAUGAAGUGCUCACUUUCUCAAGAUUGGAUUCCAAACUCCUCGUUCUCGCGCCAGAACAGAUCCGACCGACAGAAACCGUGCAGUCAGUAUUGAAGAUGGUCAAGGCAGAGCUAGACUAUGAUAAAAUUCAAGGUUCUAUGGCUCUGCAACCAAGCUACACCGAUCUUGCAGUUGACAACGUGCUGCUUGACCCUGGGAGACUCGCUCAGAUCAUCCUCAACUUCAUGACAAACGCGAUCAAGUUUACUAAAAACUCAGAUAAACGUCACAUCGUCAUUUCUAUAGGAGCAUCACGAACACAACCUAGCGCCGAUGAUUGUCAGGUCACACUCAUCAAGCCUCGUGGCGAGAGGGUCGAAACUGCAGCCCGACGAUUAUCAAUAACCGAGGACCCUAUUGGUGAAGACAUUUACCUAAUCUUCAGUGUGCGUGAUACUGGCUGUGGAUUGACAGAAACUGAGAUGGGUCAUCUGUUCCAUCGUUUCAGUCAAGCUUCACCCAAAACAUACAAACAGUACGGUGGCAGUGGCCUGGGUCUUUUCAUCUCUCGGGAAUUGGUUGAACUACAAGGGGGCCAGAUUGGUGUACACAGUGAAUACGGCAAAGGUAGCACCUUCGCUUUCUACAUCAAAACUGCUCGUGUUGAAAAACUGGUUGAGCCGCCGACUGCAGAACUGGCUCAAACAUCCAUCAGCGAUCACAUGCGUGUAGUAGAUGGUCCAGCUGCACAAAAGACGCAGACAGCAGACCUCCAUGUCUUGGUGGUCGAAGACAAUGCGAUCAAUCAGAAAAUUCUCGCCCAGCAACUGCGCAAGACUGGUUGCGCUAAGGUCCAUGUUGCCGAUCAUGGUCAAGACGCUCUUGAACUUCUGUCUACCACGACGUUCUUCAAAUACGUUGGCAUUGCUCAGGUACCUCUGUCUGUCAUCCUGCUCGACGUGGAAAUGCCCAUCAUGGAUGGAUUGACGUGCGCACGACGCAUUCGUGAACUGGAACAAAAAGAAGAGAUUGUCCGACAUGUCCCUAUCAUUGGCAUUACUGCAAACGCGCGUGUUGAGCAAAUUGCUGCGUGUAUCGAAGCUGGCAUGGAUGAGGUCGUGACUAAGCCUUUCCGUGUGAUGGACCUUCUUCCUCGUAUGCUGGCACUGGUCGACAAGCAUGCAUCGGUGGUUUGA